AUGGCGUCUCUUGACCCCUCCGCGGGGAGCCAGGGCCCUGGCCACAGUCAAGCGGUCUCGGAGCCCUCCUCCUCCCGGGUCGUCUCCAAGCCCGUGCCCUCUUCCCAGGAAACCGAUCCUCGCGGUUACCAGCUAUCCCAGCUACGCCGCCGGUUUAAUCCCAAGGAGACAAACCUUCCGAACGGUGGCACGCGCCUCCUCUUCAAGCUUGCCCCCUCGGACCCAGACUUCCCCUUCGACCUUGACUAUCUCGAGUGUGAGGUGGCCGUGCCCGGUGAUUACCCCAAGGGGUCGUCCAGGCCCGCGCUCGCCGUCAAGAACAGCAACAUCCCCCGCGGGUUUGCCAUCAACAUUGAGCGCGGUUGGGAGAAGCUCGUCGAGGAGAAGAAGACCUCGACGCUCCUCUCGCUCAUGAACAUGCUAGACAAGAAUUUGGAAAGUUUCUUGUCUGAGCAAAAGGCGGAAACGGUCAAGAUCAUGGCCUUCAGAGAUACGAGGCACCUCGAUCAGCUCCCUUCCGCACCUCUGGCGAACACGGCGGCAGAGCCGUCCUUUACCAAGGACCAGAUAUCUGAAGCCAAGGCAAGACGCGCCCAGGAGACGAGGCAGCUCGAGAACCGAAUGAGCCGCCUUCCCAUGUACCGAAAGUCUGCUGACGGCAUCACGCUUCACUUUAUUAUCCCGCUCUUGUAUCCUCUGCAGCAGCUUCGCGUGCAGCUCAAUGAGGUAGAUUCGGGUGAGGCCGAGCCUGUCGAAGAGUUAUUCACGCAGAAGGCGGUGGAGCAGAAGCAAAUGACUCUCACAAGCCACCUCAACUACCUUUCCACCAACAUGCACGUCUUGGCCAAGAUGGCUCUGCUACAAGCCAAGGCAAAGGAUUUAGAGAUUGCCGCCGAGGCGAAGAGCGAGGACGUCGAAGACGUCGUUGCCGAGCAGGUGUCCACGACGGCAACAGGCGCUGAGGACUUUGUCAAGAGUCACAUCAAGGUUAUCCCCCGUCCCCCAGAAUGGGGACACGACGACGACGAGGCCGGCUCAAGCGACUGGUCUUAUGACGGCGAACAUACCCCGGAUGAGGAUUCAUCGGAGGGAGAGGGUGAAACUUCUCUCAACGCGAAUGCGUCUACAGCCUCAAGUCAGACGGUGGAAAAGGGCACGGCCAUGUCCUUUCCGACAAUUGAGCUUUAUGGCAUCGAGCUCCUGCAGGUAUCCGUCUUGAACCUGUCUGUCAAGUGCGCGCGGUGUAAGACGCUCAACGACAUCACGGGGCUCAAGCACGGCGUGGAAAAGGCAGGCAGCUGCUCCAAGUGUGCCAACGGCUUUGUCGUCAACUACUCCCAACAGCUCGUGCACCAAAACUCGACCCGAGCGGGCCUCAUCGAUAUGGGAGGCUGUACCAUUGCGGACAUGCUCCCGAGCACCUUUGUACCCGUGUGUGCCAAGUGCUCGACCCCGAGCGCCGGUGUCACGUCGGUGCGGGAUCCCCGAGGUGAAGUUCCUGCUCGUCUCCCCGGCUCCCUUGUCCCGAACUCAGGCCCCAAGCGCCGCCAGGAGCGCCUCGGCUUGCACGCCGGCGAGCCCCUGCCGGACAAAGGCACGUGCAAGCACUACAAGAAGUCGUACCGGUGGUUCCGCUUCUCGUGCUGCGGGCGGGUGCAUCCCUGCGACAAGUGCCACGACGAGGCCGAAGCCCACGUCAACGAGUGGGCGAAUCGCAUGGUGUGCGGCUUCUGUAGCCGCGAGCAAAACUACGCCGUCGACGCGUGCUCGUUUUGCGGGCGCAGCGUCAUCGGCCGGAGGGGCAAGGGCUUCUGGGAGGGUGGCAAGGGGACGAGGGAUCGCAGGGCGAUGAAUAGAAAUGAUCCCAGGAAGCAUAAGAGAAUUGGCGGGAGCGAGGCGGCGAAGAAGAAUGAGUAA